UCUGUGUCUUGUCUCUGCCUCUCUCUCUCUCUCUCUCUCUCUCUCUCUCGGUAGUGACCCUGCAAUGGCCGACGAGCCCCUGGAUGCGUCCCCGUCGGCGCCCUCCGCCGCCGCGGACGCGGACGCGGACGGAGUUUUCUCUCCCUCCUCGGCCGCCGCCGCCCCCGCCCCAGCGCUCCGGCCGCGGCGGGAGGCGUUCGAGCACGGGCUCCUGCCGAUCCCCAAGCUGAUCUUCCCGGAGGGCACGCUUACGCAAACCCUAGCCCAGCUGAAGGAGAGGCUCGCGCCGCGGGGCCCGCGGGUGGGCGCCGCGGCGCUCGCGGAGGCUCUGCAGAUCCCCGCCGAGCAGGCGGCGCUGGCGCUCGGGACGCUCGCCGCGGUGCUCCCCGCCGAGGACCCCGCGCUCGGCGAGGAUGGCGUGGGGGAGGCCGACCUCCGCGACCUGCUCCUCUUCCUCUACAUCCAGUCCUACAAGCGCCUCGUGCCGCGCGGCCACAAGGACUCGCCCGCCGUCGCGGACGUGUGGCCGUCCACCUCCGCCUUCGACGGGUGCCUCUCCGCGCUAUCCCCGAUCCAGUUUAUACGCUGCAAUAGUCGUCGGUUUAUGCCUUCACAAGCAGAUGAAGAAGCUCAUCAAUUAUCAUAUUUGCAAAAACAUAUGGCCAACAUCCUAACACUUUUGGCAGAUUCUAUUGAUGGAGAGGGCGAUGAUUCUAUGGUAUUGACUGUGGAGACCUUUGAACACCUUGGAUUUUUGUUGCAGCUCUCUGAAGGAACUCCUUUAAGCCAAGGAGCUAGCUUUUUUGCAAAUUCUGAUCCAGACAUGCCUGCUGCUCCUGUACCUGCUAGUCUGGUUCAUGAUUGGAUAUUGCAGCAUAUAACUUCAACAUUAGAAUUUAUGGCAGAGAAGUCCUCAGCAAAAGAAAACAGCCAACAGAAUGCAUCUGAUCCUGAUGUCACAAUGUCUGAUGCUGUCACGAAUACAAGAAUUCAUAGCAGUUCACCUACUGGAACUUCUGCCCCAAAUAAUUCUGGAUAUUACCGAAAUACAACAUUUGUGGAGGGUUUGUCCAAAACUUCUGUUGUCAAACAAGCAUCUGAUAUGAAAGGGCAUUCAAUUAAGGUUUUGAACUGCCAUGAUUCUGUUAUCUACAUUUUAGCCCCACUUAAGUAUGCAACCGUCUAUGGAUGUUCUGACACUACCAUCGUUCUUGGUGCUAUUGGUAAGGUUGUAAAAGUGGAGCAUUGUGAACGAGUACAAAUUAUUGCAGCUUCGAAACGAAUUUGUAUUGCCAAUUGUCGUGAAUGUACCUUCUACUUGGGAGUAAAUAACCAACCACUUAUUGUGGGGGACAACCAUAAAUUACAAGUUGCUCCAUUCAAUACUUAUUAUCCACAACUGGGGGAGCAUUUGGCACAAGUUGGUGUGGAUCCUAAUGUCAACAAGUGGGACAAACCUUUCGUAUUGGAAGUUGUUGAUCCACACGAUUCAUUCUCUCAUCCUGCUGGGGUUUCUGAUGUCCAGGCCGAGUCUGCCACUUGUCUAGACCCAGAUCUAUUUAUGAACUUUUUGAUUCCUAGUUGGUUCGAGCCACAAGGGCCUACCAGAUACAAUCCAUUUACCUUGCCUGAAGUUUAUUGGGCAUCCCAAAGGAAAAAGCAUGCUUCUCUGGAAGAUACUCAAAAGAAUAUUCGGGAACUAGAGAUUGAUGAUAACCGGAAGAAAGAAUUGGCAUGUGCCCUUCAUGCUCAGUUCAAAGAUUGGUUAUAUGCUUCAGGCAAUAUCCGCCAGCUCUACUGUUUGCAAGGUGAAUAAGUGCGGGGUUCAUCUGUAAGUGCGUAUAUGCAUGUGCGGGAUUGUCCUCCAACCAUUCCAUUCCGCGCAUCCAAGACAUCCAAGCGGACUGGUUGUGACUUGGCUGUGCAGAAUGCAGAUGGCCGUUGAGCCUAUAGUGUUUGUGGAGGGAAGUAUGUAAAGCAUGUUGUGUGUUAUUUGUUUCUAAUUAAAUUUUGAUACUUCCCUCCCUUUGUUGGUCGUAGGGUCGCUGUAAAUCUUCGGUUUUUUCUGGCUUCGUAUUUAUAUCCUUCAUAAGACUUGCUGAAUAGCGGUUACUCAAUUCUUUCAUCUCGGCCUCUCGUGGGGAAUAACAUUUUUUGACCAUCAGAUGGGGUCGCUCA